AUGGUCAACCAACCCACCAGAAUUCCCACCACCUCCCCGGCUGUUGCCAGGUUCCUGCCUGCUGCCAUCACCGUCGGCAUUGUUUCUGCCAUCGCCAUGAACGUCCGCUCGCAACUCAUGACCGAGUCACGACAAAUGGAUCGCUUCUUCGCCAAGUACAGAGACCCCCAGAGCGAAGCCGCCCGCCAAAAGGUCUUUGACGGCGCCGUCGAAGACCCCCGCAAGAGCUGGUUCAACGUCCUUGGCUGGUGA